AUGGGGGAUCGAGAGGACGACCGCUCCCCACCGGCGCAGCCCAAGCCCAAGCACUGGAGAUCCGUCCGCUCCUCUCCUGACCGCGGGAUGGGCAUUAUGAGCUUCGUACCUGAGGAAGCAGGGCGGCCAUUGAGACAAAAUUUGCUAAAAGUACUACCUAACAAUUCCAAAGAGUUGAGUGUUCGGAGAGUUUGUGAGGGCUGUGGAAUGUCGAAGGUGAAGAACAAUAGUGGUUAUCAUGGAGUCACUGAGCCAAUCUCGCUGAGUGGGCCGACUGAGAAGUACCUUAUGCAGACAGCUGAGGUUGAAAAGUACCUUUCAGAUGCACGACUCGAUGAGAGGCAAGAUGAGGCUAUCUUGCGAGAAGAGGUUUUAGGCAAGCUGGACCAGACUGUGAAAGCUUGGAUUAAGAAGGCUACUAGGAUCAGCGGGUAUGGGGAGCAAUUUGUGCAUGAAGCAAAUGCAAAGAUCUUUACAUUUGGUUCAUACCGUCUUGGGGUACAUGGCCCUGGUGCCGACAUUGACACCCUAUGUGUUGUUCCAAGACAUGCAACUCGAAACGAGUACUUCUUCAGAUGGCUUCAUGACAUCCUAGCUGAGAUGCCAGAAGUUUCUGAGUUACAUCCAGUACCAGAUGCUCAUGUGCCUGUUCUGGGAUUCAAAAUUAAUGGGGUCUCAAUUGACCUUUUGUAUGCUAAUCUUGCUCAUGCAGUGAUUCCUUAGGUAAG